GCUCGAGGUUCGCUAAUGGCCUGAGCUGUGGAGGGGUUGGAGCAUGUGAUAAUAAGUCUUACAGCUGUGUAGGGCUUGAGGCCCAGCGUGUGCUAAUGGGGGGGGCAGUGAAGGGCCCCGACGGUGUGUGAUAGGGGGGAGCAUGUCAGGGGAAUGCUGAGGUAUGCAAACGGGGUUAAAGGUGUGGAGAGACCCCGUGUGUGUUAAUGGGGGAUAAGGUGGUAGAGAUAGCAGAAGGUAUGCUAAUAGGAUCAGGGCUCUGAAGCCCUGUGUGUGUGGUAAUGAGCGUCAGGAUGGUGUUAAUACUGUGUAUCUGCCCAUGAGGGACUGCAGCGUGCGGGGGUCCAGAGAGUGCCCAUGGAGGUCAGGGUAGUGGAAGAACUCGAAUGUUGAGAGUGUGCUAAUGGGGGUCAUAGCUGUAGAGGGUACGUGCGUGUGUUAAUAAAGGUCUGGGUAGUGUGAGGCCCAGGAUAUGCUAAUGGGGACAGAGUGGUGGAAGACCUGAGCCUGUGCUGCUGGGUACCAGAAGUUAGGAAUAUAUGUGCGGUGGGAGGGCACAGUGGUGAGGGAAAUGUCUUAGCACUGUAAGAGAUUCAGUAUAUUAAGGAUCAAGAUGGUGUGAGGCCAGUGUGUGUGUCCAUGAGGACAGGGGACGUGAGACUCCAGGAUGCGAUAAGGGACAGUUAUAUGUGAAGUUCUAGUGACCGUGGAUAUGGAUUUAGAGCCUUGGAGGUGCUUAAAUGUGUGCCAUUGGGGGAAGAGUCAGCAGUAUGGGGUCUGGAAAAUGCUAGUGUCAGAAUAUUGUGAAGACAGUGUAUGCUUGUGUCCACGGGGGACUGGGGUGUGUUGAGGUUCCAGGGGGUGCAGUAAGGAGGAUCGGGGUUGUGAAGGGAUUCAAAUGUGAACCAACAGGCAUUAUAGGUGUGGAGGAGUUGAAGCAAAGAGAAAUAAAGGACAGGAAUAUGUGAAGGUCUAGGUGUGAUAAAGUGGAUUUAGAACCAUGGAGGGCUGAAGUGUGUGCUCGCUCAUGGGGCUCCAGGCUGAAUGAAGACCUGUGUGCGCUAAUGAGGGUCAGGCCAUUAUAGAACACUGUGUUUGUGUGUCCCUGGGGAAUGGGGCUGAGUAAGGGUUCAGGGUGUGCUAAUGGGGAGGCACUGUAAGAGGCCCAGUGUGUGCUAAUAGAGGUCAGGGUGAAGUGAAGGUCCAGCUUGUGCUGAUGGGAGGUGGUGGGGACAGGGUAGUGAGAGGACCAGAAUAUGGGUUUAAUGAUGGUUAUAGCUGUCGAGGGGUCUGAGUGUGGGCAAAAACAGUCAGGUCAGGGAUUGGCAAGUUUCACUUUGUGUUAAUGAGAUUCAGGGCAGUGUGAAGGUCCAGUGAGUGCUAAUUUGGGUCAGCUGUAGAGGGUCCCAAGUGCAUGUUAAUAGGGGUCAGAAUUAGGCAUGGGGAACAGUGUGUUAAUGGGGGUGAGUGCUUUGGAGAAGCUAACAGGCAGCUGGGCCUAGGAGGCGCCCAAGAAUGUGGCGCUGAGCGUUAACUUAGAGGGGCCUGAGCCUAUGCAAACAGAGUGCUCUGCUCUGCUGGGGCUUCCUAUGCUGAUGGGGGUUAGAAAUAAAUGGGGAAAUUUCAGGUGCUGAUAGUUAAAAUGCAGAGAGGCCUUCUUGAGGGGCCUGUGUGUGCUUAUGGGGGUCUGGAAGGGAUGGGGAUGGUGUGUUCUUGGUGGGAGUUGUGUGGUGACUGUGUCCUCAGUGGACAGUGUGGUGUGAGGUGAUGAGUGCCCUUGGGUGUGAGAGUAUUCUGAGGAAGGGUGUAUGUCGUCGGGGGUCAGGAAGGACAAAUGCCCUUUUUUUUUUUUUUUUUGAGUGGAGUUGUGUAUCCAGUUUCUUGUUCCUUCCUUCACUAUACUGAAAUCUAAAAAGCUCAGAAAAUGGAAAUAAUAAUAUUUAAAAGUUUUACUGUAUAUUAAUGUUCAAGUGUCUCUGUUCACAAAGGUCUGCCCAGGGCACCCCUGCUGGGAAUGUUGCGUGAUACACAGAUUUUGUAUCCUGUCUUCCUAAAGUCCCCAAAAAACUGAACUCUGGAACAUGUCCAGCCCUUGGAGUUUCCAGUUAGAGGUCAUGGACCCUGGCUCCUUCUGGCUCCCUCCUCAUCUUCCAUCCAGCCCUACUUACUGUCCCCCCAGAUGCCCCAUUCCCUGCCACAACAGGCAAAGCCGGCUGGGUAUUCGUACCAUGGAUGCAAGACUGCCUUUGGGGCUGGCCAUGCUUCUCCUUCUUCAGCUUCAGGUCCAGUGUACGGCCUACUGGGUCAGAAUUUUUUUGUUGUCCUGGGUUCUCUGAAUGGACCUCAUCCUCUUUACUGGGGUCUUUCCGCUAGGCUGGCCCCUCUGCUCCUGCUGGGGGUGGUGAGGCCAGGCAAGCGGAAGCAGGGUGUAAGGACCAGUGCGGUAAGCACCUGAUUUCAAGGUAACAGAUGACCCACUUCUCUCCUCGAAUCCAGCCCCAGCCUCAUCCUCCCACCUCCUAUCUAGCUCCACUUCCCUUGGGCCCAGGGCCAUCUUAGGCCCUGCUGUGAGUCCAGAUGGUUCCUAGGCCAGGUCUUUCCCCCUCCUUGCUGGCCUGGAGCCCAGGAGGAAGCAGAAGAAGGCCAGCCUAAGCCUUUUGGUGGCCCUGUUCCCUCCAGCAGCCCCAUCUAGGUCAUCUUCCUGCCGAUGCUAGUGUCCCUGGGCCACGUUUUCUGGAGUUGUUCACAGUCACUGUUCCAGGUCCUCAGGAUAUAGCCGUGACCUAAACAGACAGAAAUCUACCCUGGCGGAGCUGAUCUUCUAGUUAUGGCGGUCGCCAUGGAUCGGAUGAAGAAGAUCAAGCGGCAGCUGUCAAUGACACUCCGAGGGGGCCGAGGUGUGGACAAGACCAAUGGUGCCCCUGAACAGAUAGGCCUGGAUGAGAGUGGGGGUGGCGGUGGCAGUGACCUUGGAGAGGUACCCACUCGUGCCGCUCCUGGGGAACCUCGCUCUGGACGGGGCCCCCUCAGCUCUGCACCAGAGAUUGUACAUGAGGACUUGAAGAUGGGGUCUGAUGGGGAAAGUGACCAGGCUUCAGCCACGUCCUCGGAUGAGGUGCAGUCGCCAGUGAGGGUGCGCAUGCGCAACCAUCCCCCACGCAAGAUCUCCACUGAGGACAUCAACAAGCGCCUGUCACUGCCAGCCGACAUCCGGCUGCCUGAGGGCUACCUUGAGAAGCUGACCCUCAAUAGCCCCAUCUUCGACAAGCCCCUCAGCCGCCGCCUCCGCCGUGUCAGCCUGUCUGAGAUUGGCUUUGGGAAACUGGAGACCUACAUCAAGCUGGACAAGCUGGGUGAGGGUACCUAUGCCACCGUCUACAAAGGCAAAAGCAAGCUCACGGACAACCUUGUGGCACUCAAGGAGAUCAGACUGGAACAUGAAGAGGGGGCACCCUGCACCGCCAUCCGGGAAGUGUCCCUGCUCAAGGACCUCAAACAUGCCAACAUCGUCACGCUACAUGACAUUAUCCACACGGAGAAGUCACUCACCCUUGUCUUUGAGUACCUGGACAAGGACCUGAAGCAGUACCUGGAUGACUGUGGGAACGUUAUCAACAUGCACAACGUGAAACUGUUCCUGUUCCAGCUGCUCCGUGGCCUGGCCUACUGCCACCGGCAGAAGGUGCUACACCGAGACCUCAAGCCCCAAAACCUGCUCAUCAACGAGAGAGGAGAGCUGAAGCUGGCAGACUUUGGCCUGGCCCGAGCUAAGUCAAUCCCAACAAAGACCUACUCCAACGAGGUGGUGACACUGUGGUACCGACCCCCCGACAUUCUGCUUGGGUCCACGGACUACUCUACCCAGAUUGACAUGUGGGGUGUGGGCUGCAUCUUCUACGAGAUGGCCACAGGCCGGCCCCUCUUCCCAGGCUCCACAGUGGAGGAACAGCUGCACUUCAUCUUCCGCAUCUUGGGAACCCCAACUGAGGAGACGUGGCCAGGCAUUCUGUCCAACGAAGAGUUCAAGACAUACAACUACCCCAAGUAUCGAGCCGAGGCCCUUUUGAGCCAUGCACCCCGGUCCCCUUGUCCUUGCUGUAGACUUGACAGCGACGGGGCUGACCUCCUCAACAAGCUGCUGCAGUUUGAAGGUCGCAAUCGGAUCUCCGCAGAGGACGCCAUGAAACAUCCAUUCUUCCUCAGUCUUGGGGAGCGGAUCCACAAACUUCCUGACACUACUUCCAUAUUUGCACUAAAGGAGAUCCAGCUACAAAAGGAGGCCAGCCUUCGGUCUUCGUCAAUGCCUGACUCAGGCAGGCCAGCUUUCCGAGUGGUGGACACCGAGUUCUAAGCUGAAUUCUAAGCCACAGACCGAGGCCCCCGCAGGCAGCAGCUGAAGGGAUGCUACUCCCCUCACAGGGCAGCCCGCAACUGCAUCCUCCUCGCUUGCUGUCUGCUACCUGCCUGACUCAUGCUCGCCUGCCCACAUGUCCCCCGCUGCCUGUCCAAACACCCGACCAUUGGCCUGUCAGCCCACCCAUUGGCCUGUCUGCUGGGUGCUAACAAAGCUCUCAUCGCUCCUUCGCCUGGUUUGUCUGUCUUGUCUGUCUGUCUGUCUCUCUCUGUCUCGGUAGUUGCCGGUGGACAGCAUGGCCGUGCCAGCCUCCCACACUGAGGCCAGGCCUAUCCCCCCUCCCCAUCAUAUCCUCCCCCAGGACCACUACCCCACGGCCAGCCAGGGGUCCGGAGCUAGCCCAGGCUGGGGAUCUCGACUCAGACAAGAUGUGGCAAUGCCUUGGGUCUGAGGCUUCCCCUGCCUGCUUUCCUGCCUGCCCCACCUGCCUCAUGUUGUGUGGGCCUUUUUUUUUGUUUGUUUGUUUCAUUUCAUUGUUGUUUUUUUAAUUAUUUUAAAUGAGGUUUUCAUUUUUUAAAUGCAAUAUCUCUGUAUACAGACUGGCUGGGCCCCACCCCCUGCGUGUGGCCCUCCCACAGUAUUUUGUGCAAUGAAGCCCCGCUCCCAGCCUUUCCAAGGCAGGGACACAGCCCCUAUUUUGAACCCUGACCAUCACCAGACCCUGGGGUCGGCUAAGGGAAAGCAUGUCUCGACCAUUCGCCUUCCUACCCACCCCCCCCGCCUGCCAUCCCCGGCCACAGGGGAACCUGGGGACUACCGGAGACUCUCUGGGAGGUGGACGAGGUGGGGGGCCCCCACUCUUUCCCCCCUGCAGUCCCAUAGCUGGGGCCUCCUUCCUUCUCAGGGUCUCCUUAGCCCAACCCUCCUGCCCCUGUCCCACUCGGUGCUGUUGCGUAGGGCCCUGCCAGGAACUGACCAACUCUUCAAGGAGCCAUAGUGUGUAUAUGUGCACAAGCAGGGGCAGAGGGAUGCAUGGGGGUCUGUGCCCAGCUGUUAUCCCUGAACCCCUGGGGAGGGUGAGGCAGGGCAGGGACAGUCUCUGGGGUCAGUCCCAGAUGGGUGGUUACCUCCCCGUCCUCCACUCUAAACCUGGGGCCCUCAAAUGGGGUGGGAGGGCUGGGGUGGGGGCCCUCCUAGUGGGGUUUGGGGGGUUGGGUUCCUGAAUGCACCAUAAUCGCUGUAUGAAAUAUUAAAAAGUCUAAAGUG